UGUUACACUCUAAAAUGUCCCAUUUGCUGCAGCCUCGCCAACCCCAAGGCAGCAGUUUAAUUAGGACUUUAUUAAAUAAAGGAACUACAUUGUUAUGUCCGUGUCUGUGUACAUGGGGACCCGGUGAAUUAGUUUAGAUGUCGGACACCGGGGACGAGUGGCAGGUUGCCCGGCGACGAAAAGGCGCAGCGCGGAAAUCAAAACCACUUCAGGUGUCCUCAAAUUCAACAUGCAGCCAGGAGCAGCUGGACGUCGGGAAAACUGUAAAACGAGUCAGAGACACAGUGUCUGAGCUAAGAUGCGAGGACUUUUGGCCGGAGUGGAAAGGAUUCUUGUGUUUAGAGCAGCUGCUGGAGGCAGGAUCAGCAAUCCUCUCACAACCUCCAGAGAACAGGGACACUGAGGGUCCCACCGACCAGCUGGGGAGGAGCAGAGAUGGACAACAACUGGAGUGUGUGUGUUAUGGCCUUGGCUCUUUUUCCUCCUGUGUCUCAGCUCGCUACCAACUGGCCAUGCUGCUGCUGCUGCUGGAUGCAGGAGAGGUUCCACUCAAGGACUGCUCUGUUUAUGACCCUGCAUUCUCCUCUGGAGAGAGGGAUGUUUUGAAAGAGCUGGGUCUGACUGUACUCACAGAAAAUGAGGAGGGGAAGCGUCUGGCGACUAAGCCCACACUCUUCUACCUGAUGCAUUGUGGGAAAGCCCUGUACAACAACCUUCUGUGGAAGAACUGGAGUACACAAUGUCUUCCUCUCACGAUUAUCAUUGGAAACAGCUUCAAUGGCAUGAGGGAAAGGACAAUCGAGAGGGAGUUCAAGCAGGACUACAGCUACAUUACUCAAGCUUUGUCUUUGUGUGAGGAGAGACAGCUGCCUUGUCCGUCCCGACUGAUUGACGUCUUCAGCGACACAGCAGUCAUCACCUUUCCUACCAGUGGCCUUAACAGACUCCCACAAUCCACCUGGACAGAACCGCCUGAACCACAGUACCAGCACUGCCCUGAUUUGGAAAUUAUUUUGAGGGAAACGCAGAGCUGAGACAAAAUAAACCCUGGUUGAACUCAUAAUACUGAAUCACAGUAUACAGUUUACCUUCUUGGACCAGUUCUUAACACCCCCUGAAAAUCUUGUUUUAGUGACCUCCAGUGGUUUAAUUUCUGACCUCGCUGCAGUGAUGUACACGUGUACUCCAGGACAAUGUGACAUCCCUGUUUGGUACAGUUACGGGUAAAUCAAAGCACUUUCUGUUGUGCACUGUUCACAGCCGUCAGUGAAUCUGGGUGUGGUCAGAGUUGAAACAGACUUGAAACGUUCAACCAGUGAGGGCAGUGAAACACCACAGUUGUGUUCAGUUACAGAAAUACGAAAAUCAACCUGCUUAAAAGGGCUUCAAAUCUGCUUUAAUUAGAUGAUACACGGCAGGUAAUGCAGUACAAAAAAACAUUUACUCUGCUUUGUGUUUUGUCAGAGUUAUGUUAUACCAAACCUUCCUGCAGAACAACCUUUAUAAUACAAGAAGCUGACAAACUAGCUUUCUCCUUUUUACAGCAUCCGUGUCUACUGGUGUGAUUUUAUGUUUUUAUGAAAAAAACAUUAGUGAAUGCUACAUUGUUCACCACGUGGGGCAUGCACCUCUCUGGUUUUCCAACAUUUUCUCUUUCUUGGAACUUACUUUUUGAAAUGAUAUGUUGAUUUCCAGAGUAAUACCUUCAGUAAAAAUGUAACUUUUAACUUACAUUUAAAAAAAAAAAAACACUGAUUUCCACUCAUAUCUUAUGGACCAUAUCAGUGGCUGGAAGAUGAAUAAACUCUAUGGUAUGUUUACAACAUUUUAAAUAAAUGGGUCUUGCUGGUG